GUUUGGAUUUAAACAGGGGCAAUAAAAGCUACUUCCACCGGAAAGUUGCUGACCUAUUUUUUAAAUAUAUUUUCCCCUCUUUUUUUUCGCUUCUCUCGCGUUCUUGUUUUGUUUUAAAUUAAACAGCGAGGCGCGCAGCUGCCAGGACCUAGUUGCUCAGCCGACUGCCGGAGGAGAUAUGGAGCCGCUGAAAAUCGAGUGGAUCGGUUCUCCCUGCGGCUCCCACGGACCCUACACUUUCUACAGGGCUUUCAGCUUGCCGGAGCCCGGCUCCUCCGGCCAAGGGAAGGCGCCGAGGACGCUGACGGCCAGGCUCGGACAGUUCCUCUUUGUCAGAUGCCAGCCCCAUGAGCCCGAAUGCAUCGCCGAGCUCCAGCUCCUGUGGGAGGACCGCAGCCGCCAGCAAUUGCUGGCCAGCACCAGGCUCUACUUCAGCCCGGAGGAUACCCCGCAAGGACGUAACCUGCACCACGGUCAGGAUGAGGUCAUUGCAGUCUCCAAAAAAGUAAUUAUCCGGCUGCAAGAUCUGGCGAAAUGGGUCUGUACUGAGACUUCACAAUGGGCUACAAACACACAGGAAUCCAAACCCGACACUAUGAACUUGGACAGCAGUGAACACAAAGAGGAUUCUGAACUGAAGAUCAGCCCACCAUCAGACUGCCACCUCACCUCAAAUAAUGUGGGAAAUGAAUACGAAAAUUCAGGGUAUAAAGAUGAUCGACCACAAGUUAAAAUACUGAGCUACCCCCAGUAUUGCCGUUAUCGGGCCAUUCGAAAGAGAAUUCAGAAGGCAUCAGCUGGGUGCGUCGAUGAAGCACAGCUGCUGGCCCUCGGAGGGAUCCUUUUAGUGAAUCAGAACACCAAGAUUCUUUAUUGUCGAGAAACGUUCGAACACCCGACACUGGGGAAUAACAAGUCCAUUUGUGAUGAGUUUGCACCUCGUGUUUUGACACGUACUUCAGCCGGGAGGGUGGUUCGGACGAGGCUGCAAAUUACUGCACGACCACAGUCACUCACUUUGCUGCAUUAUCAGCUGACAGGAGCAACCGACCUCAAAGGACGAAGUCGAAAGAAGAAGAAGCCCAGGCUCACAAAGGGCGACGAGAGCCCCUCGCGGGAGAGCCGGCAGCCUAACCAGUCGGAUGCCAAGGAAGAAAAGGACAAAGUUGAAUCAGAAAAUAUGGCAGCUGGAAAUGCACAAGCAAAUCAGCCAGACAAUCCAAGUGAGCUUUCUGCAGAGCAACACUUCCUAAAGGCUUUGCACAGCUUCAUGUGUGAUCGCAAUACUCCCAUUGCCAGAAUACCUCACCUGGGCUUCAAGAAAAUUGAUCUGUUUGUAAUGUUCACUGUAACACAACGCCUUGGAGGAUAUGAGGCGGUAACUGCUCGCCGCUUGUGGAAACACAUUUAUGAUGAGCUGGGUGGUAACCCAGGGAGCACCAGUGCUGCCACUUGUACCAGGAGACACUAUGAGAGACUGAUCCUUCCAUAUGAACGCUACCUCAAAGGGGAGGAGCAUAAACCACUGCCACCAGCCAAGCCACGCAAGCACACUACGAGCACGUCUGAGGACUCUGAGAAAGAUGUUAAAACUAAAAAUGGGGAGCUGAACAUGAAAGUAAAGAAAGGUCAAGAUGUGACUAGGAUAUUAGAGAAGGAGGAUCAACAACCAAGAGGUGAAAGAUGCCAAGAGAAUAGACAAAGGACUAUCACUGCUCAACACUUAAACACUCAGGGCCAUUCCCAAGACAGACGAAUGCAAACACUAAAAUGCAAAAGCCAAGACAAUGCUGCAUCGAUUGCAGAGGAAUGUUCCGGAAGCAAGGCUUGCCCUCCCACAGGACUGAACACAAGUGAGAAAAUGGAGGCUAAAACAUUUCGACCACAUGAAAACAAAAUAAGAAACCAGGAAAAUCGAGAGUGUCCAAAUGCAGGAAAAAAACAGAAGUCACCCCUUCACCCUCAGGACUUGUCCAGUGGCCCCAGUGUUAAACAAAGUCUGCAUAUGGGCACAGAGGGCAGUAAGCCCAUCUUUCCAUCUGCAAUGUUCCAACACCUUCACUCUGGAAUACUGAACUUCCAGUUGCCUGAAGGCAUUUCUCCUCUUGAUGUUCUCAAAAGCCGGCUUGGAUUGGCCACAUCCAAGGAUCUAUCCAGACCUACUUUGCACAGAACCCUCAAGGUAGAACAACCACAGAGCAUCGCAUUGGAUAAUCAAAAGAUCAAAGUCUACGCCAAAUCUCUGGGAGAACCUGGAACACAACAUGCGGCAGGGCUGAAGAGAAAAGAAUCUAAAGGUGUCCCUGAGCCAGCAAAGAGGCUGGGUUUUGGACAAGUGAAUGGAAUUCGACUAGUAAAAGGAAAUCCAUCUACGCUGUCCUCAUUAAAUAAUUCAAGUUCCGUCAAACAUGUUGCAAGUUCCAAGGCAGAGCAUGACUCUAACUCAAGGCCAGUGGGGCUACUUGUAGGUAAUGGUAGCGGAGCUUCACUGGGUCGCCCGACGAAGUUGGGUGUGGUGGAGGAAGGUUUGAAUUUAAGCAAGUCCAAGGACAGCAGCUAUAUAUAUGAUCAUAAAGGGCAACUGUAUGAGAUUUUACCUCAGAAUUUAUCUAACAAACAGUUACCGCCAAAAAGUGAGCCUUCCAUACAGUACAGGGAACAGUCCUCUCCACUGAACCUCAGCAAGUCGAGUAGGAGUUCAUCAGGAAAGAGAAUUGCAGAAUUCAUGGAUGCAUCAGUCUGCGUAUCACAGAAGGGUGCCCCUAUUUAUCUGUUUCCCCAGUCUCUGCAAAACCUUUGUGAGAACAGGGAAAGCCAUAAGAAAAAUGAGCAACCAAUCAAGAAGCUGCGACUGGAUUCCUGUUGCACAGAGGUGAUUGGCCAGAGGAGAGAAUCGACUCACUCAGAUCAUAGCUCUGGUGUAGAGUCACUUAGUUCAUCGCCCCUGAGCCUAGGUUCUGGGGUUAUGUCUGAUGAUGUGCCCACAGACUUAAGUCUACCAAAAUAUCCUAAGACUCAGAAGCCAGAUCACACAGCAACCAAUAACGAGAGCCCUCGGGACAAAAGAGCUAGAUUGAGCUCUGAGACGGUAGGUAAGCAACCGACAGAUCUAUCCAAAUUGUCUUCUUUUCCCGCUGUAUCGGAAGCAACCACUACUCCGGAUGGUGUUCAGAGAGCUCCAGCAAAGAGUGAUCUUGUGCCACCUGGAACAUCCCAAAAUUUGGACCAAACAAAGAGCUGUCAAGACGAGCUUCCAAAAAACUCUGAAAGGAGACUGUUCCCAAUAAGCAGCAAGACACCAGCUGAGCAAAGCCUCCCUCCACCCCGCCUGGAAGAGCCAAGCAAAGAGGAUGAGGAGCCAACUGGAAAGAAGUCACUUGCAUCCAAUUUGUCCGAAGUCAGCCAAGAUAGAAAGCGUCAGAAGGACCAAGAAUCAAAUCUGUCUAGUCAUCAGGAUUUGUCCUCAAGUGGUGAAGAGGACAACAACAAAGGGGCACUCUCGGGCUCCUAUCUGCAUGGAACCUUUCGCCCAGAGCUUCAGAACGGAGCGGAGAAAUUUGGAGCCCACUUUCAGCUGGUUGAUUUGAAUAAAAACACUGUGGAGGAAGGCAAGUCGGAUUCGGUUGUGGUGCCAGUAUUGGCCUCUGGCCUUCCUGUUUCACCCGUUAUGGUUCCUGGCUCCGUGCAGCAUCGACAACUGCUGGCUUCCCACUCACAGCAAAUGUACAACCACCUCCUGCGAACCUCUGUGCUGCCUAACUUGCCUUACGAUGAGGUGGUAAUGCGCAGACUGUCAUCCAGCCCGUCAGCUCUCUCUCCCUCCCACCUGUCUACUGUUUACCCUGAGAAGCGAAUGUGAUCAGCUUUGUCUGAUGUCUGUCUCUCAUCCAGCCCUCAAAUGCUGUAUUCAAUGUACAGGAUUGCAUCUGCACUCAGUAUUUUUGCCUUUUGUGUGGUGAAACAAUGUGCUGUUAAGAUUAUUUUCUCUCCUAGCUCUCCAAAUUCCUUUAAGCAACAAAUCAUGUCUGAGAGGGAGGAUAUUAAGCAACCUUCAGCCCUAUGUCUUGGCCACUCUGAACUAGCAAUGAUAAGCUACAUGAAACAAUCUGGUGACAUUCUGAUUUAUUUUUCUGUCCUCUCACUGUGUGGAGAAGGAUGAGACCCAUCUUGCAGCUCCUUCAAUGACAUCUGGGAGUAGUGGUGCUGCAUUGAAGCUUGUGGGAGUUGGAGACUGGGUGGCCUUACAGGAGCAACUGAUGUGGCAUCGAUUUGCCAGUCUCAUCAAGACUUGGACUUUGAGCAGGGAAGUGCUUCCUUUUAAAGAAGAAAAUAACACACUCAGAAAUUGAAUGAUACUACUGUUACUACACAUUUGUUGGAGAGGAAAAUGGGAGUUGUACUCAGGGAGGGUUUUGUACAAUGAACUGCUCUUACAGGCUUAUCCCAAUAGAAUCACAAACUUCGAUAUUCCAUGGUCUCGAGUGCCAUGUGGUUGGAAGUGUAAAAGGUUGCGAUUUGUCACCACUGUGGUGGAGGACUUGCCUUUAUGUGAACAAUGGACAAAUCUUCUGAAAGAUACUGUGAAUUAACACGUGUUAUGGUCCAAGGUGCUGCUCAAGGAUUUGAGACUAGGUCCUCGGCCCCACUCUCAGUAAGAAGGAAUCUCCUUGCAAGGGCCGGCCUCCUCCAAUCCUUUUGCGUACCCUUGUUUCUGUCCAAGUUGCAGAAAGUCAGAACGUGGAUUUUCUGUAUAGUUGGCAUGCCUGCUAUUGCACACAUAUGACUACUAAAUACUGUGGAACUCUGAGGUCAACUUAGAUUUGCCAAAGAAGAAAACUUGACCUUAACCAGAAACUGACCUUAUCAGGGAUACUUGUUCAAUUCUAUGCGUCCUUUGCCUCGUUGAAUUUCCUUGUCUAUUGAUUGUAUGUGGGUGGACAGCAUACAGAGAAAGGAAAACUUGUUCUGUUGGCUUGUCUAGACCUUUUUUCAAAUUUUUAAAGAUGUACUUGCCCUUUGGAAAAGAAUACUCCUGUUUCCGGAAUAUAUGUAUAGAUGGUGUGCAAAUGACAUUGAACCUUUUUCCAGAAACUUGUCCAGUGUAUUGGUGUAGCAGAGUAUGGAAAAAAAAUGAAACUGAUUCAAACAUUAAAAAUAAAUACAAUUUCUGUUUGUAAAGAGACCUCAGGACAUGUAAGACAGAAAAUGCACUGGGUCAAUUUGAACAAAGCGUCAAAGAAGCAAUAUGGAAUCUUGUCAGCAUUGAUGUUUUUCCAACAUCAGGUCAUCUGAUACCACCUCUUCAACCUAUUGGAAACCAGAAUUCUGAGCUUGGACUCGAUACUGAACCAUUAGACACCACCUUCUGCAUUCUGAAUUGGCCUUGUGCAGUAUCUAUUUUGACAGAUUUACUUAAUUCAGUACAACCAAUUUAAAUAACUAACUUCAAACUGUAGUUUCUAAAUGUUUAAUUUACAGUGCUGAAUUUAAUUUAGUGUAAAUUAGUUUCUGCAUACUCUGGCGAUGGAGGUACAGUAAUAUUCCCUCAGGUACUUGCAGCUCAUUGCACCUAUUAAAAUUAUAAGAACAAAACCAUUCAUCAUUUUCUCCAAUGCCAGAAAGUUCUGCUUGCCAGCACUGAGGUAUUUACAUUGUACCUCAAGAACUGUUCUUUGAAGUGGUUUUGGUGAUCUAAAAGGAAAGAAUGGCAGACACCUGUGAUAUAAUUGUUUUAUUAGACUAAAUAUUUUUUUUAAAAAUACUGUCAGCUUUUAAAAUGAUCAACAGCUUGUUAAAAAUCGUGUGCUGGAAGAUAAUAUUGACAUCCAGUCUUUUUUAGACCAGCUAAAUGGAUAUACUCUGGAGAUCUUGGACAGAAAGAACUAAACUGCUCGCCAAUGUCUCUGCCAUCCUCUGGGAUAUCUCUAGUUACAAGUACUGUAUGCAUAGCUGAAAAUAGCAUUCCUGUGUGGACCUUGUUUGCCCAGCUACUUUCUGUUAAAGACUUGUGGGAUCAAAGAUAAUAUAAAGUAUAGACUAUUAUUCUCAUAUGUACAAAUGACACUAGAAUUUACUUGCAGUUUGUGUUAGUUGUCCAUUUUCUGUAGGUUACUCCUUCAAAGAAUUCAAGUGUACAUAAUUGCAAACAUUCUUACGAGUUCAUUAAGCAGGUUACUCAGUUACAAACUUGGGCUGAGAUUCUGAAAAGGAGAAACACCUUGAAAUGGUCACUAACAUUUUCAUUAUUUAUUUUGCAAUAACUUUUUCCCAAGUUCUGUUUUAAAAGGUUAACUAUUAUUUGUUAAGCGGUUACUUUUUGCCAUCAGAUUUAGAAAUCCUUUCCAUUGAAUAAUCAUUGAUUUUUUUAAUUUUAGGUUGAAAUUAUUUUUUUCAAAAAAAUCUAUUUUAGAACUGUCAAAAGUUUCAUUUGUUGUGGUUAUACCUGUAAUCCAAGCACUCGCACUCCUUUUGCCCUUUUCUAUUUUUUCAAACCCAAACAAAACUAAAAAUUACAUAAAAGGGUUUUAGUAUUUCAGAAUCCUAUGCAAAAUAGGCUUAGCACUAGAAUCCUUGUUAACCAGAUGAAUUGUUAUGAAUGAACUACACUACUGGAAACAGGUUUUAAAGCUCGUUUCUAAUUGUUGCUACUGCCCCUGGAGCAGGCAACCAAGCAGUCUAAUGUCUACAUUUACAUGAUGGAGUUUGUUCUACUCCAUUUUGUAGCCAUUUCCUUUACAAAUCCCCAGUUAUUCCUGACUGCUUUGGGUAGGAAAAGGCUUUGUCCUGAUAUUAUCAGGCAGGAAUUAGCAAAGCAGAAUAGUGGCAGAAAUGGACUUUGUGAAACCCUGUGUCUUUAAUUGUUUGAACAUGCUUUAUCACACAAUAAGUUGUUAGUAAAAUGAAUGCAAAAACAAAAAUGUCCUGUCUCUGAGGUGCAGCAGAUGACUUAAAUGUAUGACUACACAUUUCUUCCUCGUACAUGUCAGGGGUGACUAAGAUUCCGAUUUCUUUGAACCCUUGGUGGUCACUGGUCCCAAAGCUAGCCCCUUAAACCUUGAACCUUGUCCUUUUCCCAAAUUAAAUAGAUUUCUGUGCUUUGAAGGCUAACUUAAAUUCCAUUUUCCCAACAUUACUGCAAUCAGGCAGGUGUCUGCUUUUACACAGAACAAAAUGCACAGCAAGCUGGCCAGUGUUAUAUCAAGGUUACACACUUCAAGCAGGUGGUUGUGGCUUGAGCACCUUGCUGAGAGUGUUGUUGGAAUCUGUUCUAACCCUUGUUUCAAAUUAUUUUGCAGCUUUGCUGUAGUGCUAUCUAAAAUAAUUGUAACAAAAUAAUAUGUUGUGCUGGAUGAUAAAACAGUAUUUCACUGCCCAUUGAAUAGGUUAUUCUGUUGAGUGAGAGAGAGCAAAUGUGUAGAAUUAGGGAGACAGGUAUGUUGUACUCUUUUGCACAAAUAUAGUCCAUUGGAUGCAAGUUGUCCUUGAUUCUGUCAGUGUGAUGAUUGUGCCUUUCCAACUCAGUAUUCGCCUGUGGCACAUUGAAAAGCAAAAUACCAAGAGAUAGCUUUGGGUGUGUGAGUAUGCUAUAAACUGCCAGGUGCUAUAGGCACAAGAAUUACUUCUGCAUUUGUCCACAUGUACCCAAGAACCUGUGUGCUGUUAAGGGGGAAAUUCUUGACUUAAAAUAAUGCAUACAGUUUAACAAAACAUACAAUCCCAACCAGAAACCGAGUCAUUUAGGAUGUUGCUGCUGUGAUUGACGGCUUGGAACUUGUUGGGUUUCGUGUGUGCUUUGCCUUAUUUUACUUUCAUCCACAUUUCUGAUGAAGUAUUAUGGGAAGGGAGGUGGUUGGAAGUUCUAUUACGUGUAGAGUGAUCAACACAAUCUAAUUGACUGCAGUGUAGCCCAACCUCACUUCAUCAAGACCAACCAUGGUUGUUUGCUAAGAGCAGCUGCUCUGAAGUUAUGCAAUAAUUUGUGUCCCAUUCUGGUUGGUUGUCUUAACUCAUCCUCCCUCCCAACUUUGAUUCAUUAGGAAUGUAGCAGCUUCAUGCCAGCAGUUUUCAAUAAGAUGCUUUAAACUGGCUCAGUGAAAGUCUGUGUAUGACUAGCAAAUAACCUUGAUAAAAUCUAUUUGCAUUGUUCUGUUGGAAAGUGCUGGUCCAUAGUAUGUUACAAGGGCUGGUCCAGGCAUCGUAACACUAAUAUUCAAACUUUAUGAUCUCAAACCACUUUGAUUCAGCUGACUUUAUUUGUUCAGUAUAACUUCUGGUGGUUGAUACAGGUCUGCAUGUUCUGCAGCAGGUGAGCCCUGUUAGAUUUAGGUGAAGUUAAGUAGAAAAGAUGCACUUGAAUCUACAGUCAUUUAUUUCUUUCCAGCAACCCCUUCCCUCUCUUAACUGUUUCUCAAACACUAUUGCUACAUUUUCAGCUUUGGCUGGGACCAGCAUUGAGCAUCUGAAGUGUUUGAUUUGAACAUCGCUGUCUGAAUGGGUGGCAUGAGCUCUGAGGUCGCCACUUUUAUCUAGUGCAUCUGUUUCUGGUACAAAUAUAAAUUGAGAUUUUUUUUGUUCUAAUGCUGUUAAUUCACACAGGAUUAUUGAAGACCCUUGUGUUGCCAUUGUAGUAGGAGCCAGCAGUUUCUGAGAACCCUUCUUUGGUCAAUAUGUGCCCAUGGAGGGGUGCCACUCAGAUUUUACCACCACCUGUGUUUUACAAAUAGCAAAGCCAUAAGUAAUAGAACAAGCAAAUAAUUAGCUUGAAAACUUUGUGGCAUGUAUCAAAUGUAGCAGUGGCUCUGCAUUUCUAAAACCUGUAGUUAACAAUAUUUGUAAGAUAUGUGAACUAACCUUUUGGUCAUACUGGAUUGAGGAAUACUGUGGUAUGUUCUUUCUUCAUACUGUGGAUUGAUAUAAGUGCUAUUUUCAUUAAAUGCUGUCAAAUGCACUGUUUCUGAAAUCUUGAUACUUCCCUUUUUAAUCAAUUUCCAAACAAAGAAAUGUACUGUUUAUAAUGGGACCAUGUUGUAUGGAGUACAGUAUCCUUUGGAGCAUUGUCUUACUCCCUUAGGAACUGUGAAGCUUCAAAGUAUUUUUUGUAUAAUAUUCUGAUAGUUUGUAAGAUGUGUUGCUUAUAUUUUCACACUACAUUAUACAGAUAACUACUUUUGAUAAAAAAUAUUUACGAUUAGAUUACUAACUGAUUUUUUUGUAUGAUUUCUUCUUUUCCAGUAUAUUUCAA